AUGACCGCCCACAUCCUCCUGCUGUUGCUCCUCGCCUCCUCCACCCUGGGGGACCCGGACUCCGCGGGCAGGCGGCCCCAGCACCAGGUCUCCCAGCAGCACAGGCACCUCUGUUCACUGGGCACGUGCCAGACGCACCGCCUGCCAGAGAUCAUAUACUGGCUCCGCUCUGCCUCCACCAAGGAGCUCUCAGGGAAGGCGGGCCGCAAGCCUCAGGAUCCCCACAGCUAUGGGCGCCGCCGGCGGCGCGCGGCCAGACUCCUGCUGCGUCUCCAGGACCCCAGCCUGAGGCAAGGAGGCCAGCGCAGUGCCCAGUUUUCUGGGUGA